CUGCAUGUAUCAUGAGUAGGUGAGCAGAGAAGGCGUGGGCCGGGAGAGAGGCAGGCAGACAGAGGAGCGAGGACGCAGAGAGGAGCUGACGGAGCAUUAAUGAGAUACUGGCCGGUUAGAGUUACAGGGAUGCACUUUUAGCCGUAUUCCACCACUGUUUUCAGGCUUCAUCUGCGGAAUCGAAAGCGCCACAAAACUGGGACAAUCUCACAAGUUAAAACAAGCUCGGGUGGAUUAAUUUAUUGUCAAAUAUGGGCUUGGAACGAUUUCGCGUAAAGACGCCGGGGAGAGCAGCCCUCCUCACCCGCUCGCUCCUUUGUAUCAGCGGGCUAUUACUCACAUUUCUUCAGCCUGUCUGCGAGGCGUUCAACUUGGACGUGGAGAACCCAGCUGUUUACAGCGGACCUAACGGGAGCUACUUCGGAUAUGCUGUUGACUUUUAUUUGGCUGACUCUGCCAGUGCUAGCGUGGUGGUGGGAGCUCCCAAGGCCAGCACAAGGCAGGUUAACAUUAGAGAGGGAGGAUCUGUCUUCUACUGUCCGUGGAGCCUCGGCCAAUCAGACUGUCACACCAUUGAGUUUGAUACUGAAGGGGAUCGCAAGGUCCUGCUCAACGACACAGAACAUCAGGUCGAUUUCAAGUCCCACCAAUGGUUCGGAGCCACUGUGCGUUCUCACGGUGACACAAUUCUGGCCUGCGCCCCUCUCUACUCCUGGCGUACUGAAAAAGAUGUUCCCCGUUCUGAUGCAACAGGAACCUGCUACCUCUCAGUGCAUAAUUUCACCAAGUUUGUGGAGUAUGCACCCUGCCGCACAGAGAUCAGUGAUCCGGAGGGACAAGGCUACUGUCAGGGAGGAUUCAGCGCUGACUUCACAACGGAUGGCAAAGUGGUGUUGGGAGGGCCAGGCAGCUACUAUUGGCAAGGUCAGGUGAUCUCUGCAGCGAAGGAGGAAAUUAUCAAAGCGUACUACCCGGGCUAUUUUAUGCAGUCUGUGGGCGGCCAGAUCCAAACCAAACAGGUCGAGUCUAAACAUGAUGACAGCUACCAAGGCUACUCUGUUGCUGUUGGGGAAUUCAGUGGCGAUCAAGUGGAAGAUUUUGUGGCCGGUGUUCCAAAAGGACUCAUGCUUUAUGGUUCGGUGUCUGUUCUGAACGGUACAGAUCUGAAGACCAUGAUCAACUACACUGGCGAGCAGAUGGGAUCAUAUUUUGGCUACGCCGUGGCAUCGACUGACAUCAACAGUGAUGGGAUGGCUGACCUGCUGGUGGGAGCUCCCAUGUUCAUGGUCCGGGGCUCUGAUGGUCGUCUGGAAGAGAUGGGCCGGGUCUAUGUUUACCUACAGCGUGGCCCUAUGGACCUGGAGCUCCGCCUACCUCAACUGACAGGCAACCAGGUGUAUGGGAGAUUUGGUAGCACCAUUGCACCACUGGGAGAUCUGAACCAGGAUGGUUACAAUGACGUGGCUAUCAGCUGUCCGUUUGGAGGAGAGGAACGGCAGGGACUUGUCUACAUCUAUAAUGGAUACUCAGAAGGACUCAGGGAAAAGCCAUCUCAGGUGAUCACUGGCCAGUGGGCCGCUGGGAGUAUUCCUGCCAGCUUUGGAUUUUCCCUCAGGGGUGCUCAGGACCUGGACAUGAAUGGAUACCCAGAUCUCAUUGUUGGUGCUUUUGGUGUUAGUAAGGCAGUUCUAUACAGAUCCCGCCCAAUUGUCAACACCAGUGCCUCUCUGACAGUUUACCCCACCAUGAUCAACCCUGAAGAGAAGAACUGCAUCGUCACCAGUGGAAACACCAGCAUUCCUGUUUCCUGUGUCAACCUGAGUUUCUGCAUAUCUGCCGAUGGGAAGCACCUACCAGACAUCUUAGAUUUCCAGGUGGAGGUGCAGCUCGAUAGCAAUAAACACAAGCAGAAAGGUGCAGUGAGGAGGGCUCUGUUCUUGGAUUCCCAGCAGCCCUCGCUCCAGAGGAGUGUGAGAGUGCGGCAUGGCGAGCGUGUGUGCAGCAACACCAAGAUCUACCUAAGAGAUGAGAAAGACUUCAGAGAUAAACUCUCCCCCAUUUAUGUGGCCUUGAACUUCAGCUUGGAUCCAAAAGCUGCUGCCGACUCCCACGGCCUGCGGCCCAUCCUCAACUAUCAGACCACCAGCGUAAUUGAGCAGAAGGCUCAGAUUCUGUUGGACUGUGGAGAAGACAACAUCUGUGUUCCUGACUUGAAGCUUGCAGUUCAUGGGAACAGGAAGGAAGUCUACCUGGGCGAUGACAACUCGCUGACCUUGACUUUCAAUGCCAGGAACGAGGGUGAGGGAGGAGCGUAUGAGGCAGAGCUGUAUGUGGUGCUGCCCCCUGAAGCUGACUACAGCGGUAUUGCACGCAACAAUGAGAGCCUGGCCCAGCUGACCUGCAGCUAUGAGACAGAGAACCAGACCCGAUACCUCAGCUGUGAUUUGGGCAACCCGAUGAAGUCUGGUACCAGUCUGUGGGCAGGUCUGCGCUUCACAGUGCCACGACUGAAGGACACACACAAAACUGUUCAGUUCGAGCUGCAGAUUCGCAGUAAAAAUGAGAAUAACUCCCACAGCGAGGUUGUGCCCUACAAGCUGGAGGUCGUUGUCCAGGCUGAAGUCAUUCUGCAGGGCGUGUCUCGACCAGAUAAGGUCUUCUUCCCACCGGCCAACUGGAAGGUGACCAAAAACUAUGGGGUGGAGCAGGAUGUUGGGCCUGCGGUGGAACACAUCUAUGAGCUGGUGAACAACGGGCCCAGCCGGAUCAGCCACACCCUACUGGAGCUGCGCUGUCCCCUCAGUGUCCAGGGUCAAAACCUGCUUUACCCUCUGAAGUUCUCCACAGAAGGCCCCAUCAACUGCACAGCUGAUAAAUACAUGAACCACAAACGCCUCAAACUCCAGCCCACGUCCACAGAACCACCUAUCCUUGCUCUGAAGGCACAUGAGCACCGCAUCGAGAGGAGGGACGUCCACAGGAAUCCACUUGCUCAUUUGACUAACCUGUCUUGCUCUAACACGGAGUGCUGGGCGCUCCAGUGCACCGUGGGUCUGCUGGAGAAGGGGACGACUGCCAUCCUGAAAGUGCGCUCCCGCGUCUGGGCCGAGACCUUCACUGAGAGAGCCUACAAGCAGUAUGUGCUGGAGUGCCUGGCCAGAUACAGUGUGGAGAAGAUGCCCUACGCCAUCCUGCCCAGGCAUUAUCCCAGUGGACACAAAAAGGUGGUGACCCCAGUGGUGUGGAACAAGCCAGAUAUCGAGAACUCAGUUCCUCUGUGGAUCAUCAUCCUGGCCAUUCUGGCUGGUUUACUGCUCCUGGCUCUGCUCAUCUACGUCCUGUACAAGUUCGGCUUCUUUAAGCGCUCUCUACCGUACGGCACCGCCAUGGAGAAGGCUCAACUCAAACCACAGGCUGCCUCUGAGGCCUAAAAAGACAAGCGUAGCCUCCAGAACCACAGUACCUGGCCAUAUGAUUGCAAUGGAGAAAUACGAUGGAUCAUGUAGAGUGGAUCAGAAAGCAGUUUGAAGCGAAAGAGAGACCACUGGAACUCCACUGUGCUGCACUAGAGAAAGACAAAAACCCAAAGAUCUCUCAGCCAAAUGAAUGUUACUUUUUUUGUUAAUUUAUGUCUUGCUUUUUGGCAGGUUGGGAUUGUUACCAAAUAGGACUUUUUCUCAAUGCGUCAUGGCUAAUGUUAGCCACCGUCAGCCUGCGGAUGCAGUGAGAUGAUUUCUUUUUGUGGAGAGUUCUGUUUCACCCUGUUAACUGCCUUAUUUUGGUGCUAAUGAUCUGACGCGCUCACUGCCUCUGACAGGAUAUGGCUGCAUGUAGCUUGGCAGCCAGGAGCUGUGACUUGCGCUGCCUGCAGAGGCCUGAAAUUAUUCUUCUGGUAUCCUCUGAACACAGUUUUAUUGACAGAAGAUUAGUCAACAGGUUUCAGGUGGAAAAAUUAACCUGGCGAUAGCAACGUCAAUGUUACCAGCCUGGAAGUUGAACCUUAAUCCAUUUAAUAGCUCUGCUUUUAUAACAACAUUUAAAGUUUUAGGUAAUUUUAACCCUGACCAGCCCGAGGUCUUCCCCUGAUUUUUGCCUAAUACAUGCUGGGAUAUGCUCCGGCACCCCGCCACCCUGAACAGGAUAAGCGGGCAUGGAAAAUGCAUGGAUGGAUGUUUCGUAACUGUUCAUGAAAAGUAUCUCUCUGCCUCAGGUUGGUGGACAGCGCUGGGUUGAGUUGUUUUUGCACUCAAAGGAAAUCUACUGAUAUAAUUCCUGAGACACCGAAGACUGACUGACUGACUGACCUUCCUUUGAGUUCUGAUUUUGACUCCUACUGAUCACUUUGUUUAAAUCCUUGUUCAUGUUCAGAGUUACCAAUGCUGGCAUCGUCAUUGUUGUGUAGUCGACUGGGAUGGGACUGGAACCACCGCAGGCCUGUGAAACUUCACAUUGUGGUGCUUCUGUCCAAAAAAAAAAAAAAAAAAAAAGUGGCGUUCUCCUAAAGAAUACUUUACUCAGUUUGAGUCUGGCUCAUUCAGCGUGAAGACCACGUGCAUGCAAAUGACGCUUAGGGGACACUGCAGAGUUGAUGCGCCAUGGUGUGAUGAUGUCUUUAACCAAAGACGUGACAAUCAGCAAUGUUGUAGCUUUGACAGAGAGUUUUAGUCUGAGAGCAGGCAGGACCGUCACUCUUUGUGAGGAUCCAUUUUCAGCUCACAGUGUGUGUUACUGUGAGAUACUGUAUUUUUGAUUGUCUUUUGAGUAACAGCUGCCCACGUUUAGAAAGAGAAGUGGCUGAAGUCAUCCCACUACCAAAAGGCUACAGGGACUGAACAUGAAAAAUGCUUUGUGUUGGUUUGUUUUAUUUGUCAUGUACAUAGAUUUCAUGUGCCUUAAAUGUAAAUAAUGUUAGGGGUUAGGGUUGUGUGUGCUUGCAUGGAUAUAUGUGUGACUUCAUGCAUACAUGCAUACGUGUGAAUGGUAUAUUUAUGAAUGUUUGUUUUGUGUAUGAAACGGUUAUUGCCUUUCCCAGUGCUUAGUUUAUCCCUAUCACCUCUGUAGUUUUAGAUCAUCGAGGUUAAGCCAUUCUGCAUUAAAAGAAGUAUUUAACUGAUGGAAAGAUGGUCUUCUAUAAAACUAGGCUGUCUGAACAGUAGAGAGAUGCAAAUACUUUAAAUUU